GCCGAUUCAAAUUUGAACGUAUCCCACCCAAUCAUACGAGAGUUCUGAGGGUGGAGUCUAUGGGCAUUUAAUCAAGUUUGUGUGCCCUGCAGCUCAACGACAAAACAGUUUACCAGAAGACUAACGUUGCGUACGUUUUGUCGAAGAGCUGAGGCUGAUCGUAGCGUAUCACAGCCAUGGGUAAAGAUCCUAACAAGCCCAGGGGAAAGACGUCCUCUUACGCGUUCUUUGUGCAAACCUGCCGGGAGGAACAUAAGAAGAAAAACCCAGGGACCUCAGUCAACUUUUCGGAGUUCUCCAAGAAGUGCUCUGAAAGAUGGAAGACCAUGUCCUCAAAGGAGAAGGGCAAGUUUGAGGAAAUGGCCAAAACUGACAAGGUCCGCUAUGACCGGGAGAUGAAAAACUAUGUGCCUCCUAAAGGUGCAAAGGGAGGGAAAAAGAAGAAGGAUCCAAAUGCUCCUAAGAGACCACCAUCUGCUUUCUUCGUCUUCUGCUCUGACCAUCGUCCAAAGGUGAAGGGCGACAACCCUGGCAUCUCUAUAGGUGAUAUUGCAAAGAAGCUUGGGGAGAUGUGGUCCAAGCUUACACCAAAGGACAAGGCUCCGUAUGAGCAGAAGGCCAUGAAGCUCAAGGAGAAGUAUGAAAAGGAUGUUGCUGCAUAUCGUGCCAAAGGAGGAAACGCAGAUGGUGGCAAGAAGGGUGGACCUGGCCGGCCUGCAGCAAAGAAGGUAGUAGCUGAUGACGAUGAGGACGACGAUGAUGAGGAAGAGGAUGAUGUAGAAGAGGACGAUGAUGAUGAGGAUGACGACGAUGAUGAUGAUUAAACUUUCAGGAAAACUUGAGCUGAAUUGUUUGCAAAACAAUGUGAAUGCAUUUUUUAGCAUUUAAUUUUUUUUCAAUACAUGUACAGAAAUGUGUAUAAUUGAAUACAUAUUGAAGGUCAUGUGCCGUUUUGUUAAUGUAACCGCUUUUUUUAAAGCACUGCUUUUUUGUCUUGAUAGCUGUGGUUGCUUUGGUUUGCCCAGUUUGAUAUUAUUUCUACUGCCAUUUUAAGACAUAAGGAACAAUUUGUGUAGCGUUUUAUUUUUAAAAUGAGCUUCAAGGAUGUGUAGAUUAUUUUUUUUUUUCUUAAAUUUUGUAUAUUAUGACCAAUUCCCCUUUUGACUGUGUGCAAUUUUGACUUAUUAAAGAAUUUUGCAGAA